GCCGCCUGGAGUCAGCAUAACCUGGUGAGGGAACAACCGCUCCAGUGUACGUCUCCAACAGUCUCCAACUCUAGCCAUUGCUUUUCCAAACUCGCGCGCGAACGCUUCUCCUUCCCAUUCCGCAUCCAAAUAAAUGUUCAUUCAUCCCAUCCUUCAUUUUCAUUGUGAUUUAACUUUUACUGUGACCUGGAUUACUCCAGAUAACGCGAGUGUAGGUGACACAUUGGAUUUUAUCAGCCGGACAUCAAGAACUUCAGGAAAAGGGCAUUAAAGAUGCGGCGUUUAACUUGGAGUUCACUGAUAAUUCUAAUCUUAUCAGUCUGCAGGUUUGAGGAUGCCGAGGGCUGCUCCUGCACAAUGUCCCAUCCACAGACCCAAUUUUGUCAAUCAGACUGGGUCGCUGUGGUGAGGAUCAAGAAAUUCGUGGAGAUCAGUGAUCACGAGGCCGCCUAUAAGUUCAAGCUCCACAGAAUUUUCAAGGCCACUCCGAAAGCAGAACACGCUUUGAAGCAACACCUAAUGCUAUGGACACCGUCGAUGGACAGUCUGUGUGGACGUGUGAACAUGGAACCUGGGGAAACUUGGGUUGUUGGUGGUAGGAUGAACGGUCCAAAGCCCCAUAUCUCACUUUGCAACCUGGCGAUGCGAUGGUCCGAAGUUACUGGUAGACAACGCAAAGGCUUCCGGCAGUUUUACAAUCACGGCUGUGUCUGCCACAUCUUGUAUACCCAAUGGUGGAACAAAGGCGCCGUCUUCAAUUCUACUGGUGGUAAAGGAUGUCUGUGGGAGAGUGCACCCGGACCCUCAGACUGCCAAGAGAGAUAUGGCAUAUGCAUGAUGGGACCCGCUGGUUGCUCAUGGGUUCCCUCAGUUGCAUAUAAAAAGUGCGUUGUUAAACAUCAACGGGACAGGGAACAGCAACUCGCCAGAGAGCCGUAAUGUCUCACCGAUUUUCAGACUUUUCGGUUAAGACCUCUAUUAUAUUUAACGACAUCAUUUAAACCCAAAAAAAAAUCUGUGGAAAAACCUCACUGAUGCUUUCUCUCAAGAAUUCUCUUCAUUUUUACCAAAACAUUUCAAUCUCUAUUUUAAAUACCUCAAAAAUAUCGCGAAUUUGUCAUUUUCUAGAGAUAUAAAAUACGAUAAAUUUCUUCAUGUGGAAAUAGAAUUUCCAGUGGGAUUUCUUAGAGAAAGUUCAGUUUUUCAAUGAAAUUUUUUAACACGUGCUUUUGCGGUGGAGUGUCUAUAUGAGGAUUGAUUUUUUGAUAUUUUUGAGGCGGUGAGCAAGUAACGAUGGUAAUUAGACAAGUAUACGUAGACGAAAAGUAUUUAUAUCUGAUUAGAGAGAGUUGGAUUAUUUAGAGAGAUAGGGCGUGAUGGCUACAAGUAUUUCUGCGAUAGAAAGCUCAGCUUCUUCGCACUGUAAAUAUUUAAGUUUUUUUUGAUUAUUAUUUUCGAUGUAUAUUGAGUAUUUAAAUUAUUCUACCCAUUAACGAGUAGGUCGUAAGGUAUUGAUGAUCGUGGGGUGUUUAUGAAAAUGAUAAU